UCUCAAUUCAAACUGCAUUCACAAAUUCGCAGUCCAUCUCUUUCUUAAACUAAAAAAAGUUUGUGAGAUCCCACGAGAAAAUGAGUUGGACGAGCAGAGCUUGUAUCGUGGCCGCAAGCCUUGGAAGUGUGGAAGCACUGAAGGACCAAGGGUUAUGUAGAUGGAAUUACGCCUUCAGAUCGAUCCAUCAACACGCCAAGAACAAUCUUGGAUCUCUUUCUCAGGCCAAUAGACAACUACCCUCUUCCUCUUCUGCUGUAGCAAUGGCCAAGAAGGUGGUUUUGAGUGAUGAAAAGAUGAAGCAAUCUGAAGAAUCUCUCAGAAAAGUACUGUUCUUGAGCUGUUGGGGUCCUAAUUAAUAAUUACUGUUAUUUUUCGUCGACCCUGUAAAUACUAAAUGAACUUGUUUGAAUGGCAAUAGAGAAAAAAAAAAAAAAUUUUGAUAUUUUUACACGGCAUAAUUUGUUUGUUUUCAUUUCUUGGAGCUCGAGACUGAAGCCGACAACAUCCUAUCCAACGACCCUAAUCUUUCUAACCUUUCUAACCAUCUCACUAGCCUCAGAACCUCGUCAAAAAUCUCAGAUAAUCUCAAGGCCAUAGCCUCCAAUCCUGGGAAAUUUCGAAUCAACUUCAUAUUCAGACAAAUUUCAUGAAAAUAGAGUGUGUUGUAAACCUAUUUGAUUUUGUCUGAGAGUAGCUCGGGGGAUUAAUCAAAUAAAAAGAUGUCCAAUUUUCGUUCUA